AUGAGAGCAGUGUGGAUCAAGCGGCCGCUACUUGUCCUGGGGGGGAUUGGGCUCGUGGUGUACGUGGGCAUGUUUCUAAAGAAUGGAUAUGAGCACUCAGUGCAGUCUGAGACACAGUUCGACACGCUGCGUGUGAUCAGGAGUUUCUCUGACCUGGAGACAAGCAUCAACAAUCUCCAUAAUGUCAUCAAAGCUUUUGAGAAAAAGCAGGACAUCAUGCAGAAAAUGCUCGAAGAGGACAGAAACAGACCACCAGCAGCAGCAGCAGCUGUCAAAAAGGAGGAAGAGCAGAAAGAGCAACCUGCAGCAAAGAUCCAGGAACAAAAGGAGGAGCCCAAAGAGAAAAAAUCUAAUAAAUUUUUCCCAGAAUCUGCUCUGUUCAAGAAGUGGGGGGAGAAUCUGUCUGAGGACGACCAAAGAGAGGCACAGGGUUUGUUUGAGAAGUAUGGAUACAAUGUUUUUCUCAGCGAUCGCCUUCCUCUGGAUCGGGCUCUUCCAGACACGAGAGAUCCAAGGUGUCUGAAAAAGACUUACCCAAAGGACCUGCCGAGUAUUGGGGUGGUGUUGAUCUACCUGAAUGAGGCCCUGUCUGUCCUCAAAAGAGCUCUACGCAGCAUCAUCGACCGCACCCCUAAACAUCUGCUGAAGGAAAUAGUAUUGGUGGACGACAAUAGCUCUAACGAGGACCUGAAGGGAGACUUUGACGCCUACGUGAAGUCCCUGGAGCAGCAGAACCCAGGUCUCCGUUUUACUAGAGUGAGGCACAACGAGCAGAAAGGCCUUUCCCACGCCAGGGCUUCUGGGUGGAGGGCUGCUACUGCUGACGUGGUGGCCAUCCUGGAUGCACACAUUGAAGUCCAUGAGCUGUGGGCUGAACCCCUGCUGACACAGAUCAAAGCUGAUCGAACUGUGGUGACAUCCCCUGUGUUUGACAGAGUCAACUUUGAUGACCUCACGGUUACCAAAUACUUCCCAGCAGCACACGCCUUCGACUGGGCUUUAUGGUGCAUGUAUGAGAGUUUUUCAGAUGAAUAUUACAAACUCAAAGAUGGUUCAUUGCCUGGAAAAAGUCCAUCUGUCAUGGGGAUCCUAGUUGCUGACAGGAAGUUUCUUGGAGAAAUUGGAGUCCUUGAUGAAGGAAUGAAAGUGUACGGUGGAGAAAAUGUCGAGCUGGGAAUUCGUGUGUGGACCUGUGGAGGCAGUAUUGAAGUAGUUCCAUGCUCCAUGAUCGCCCACAUUGAGAGGGCCCACAAGCCCUACAUGCCUGACCUGGCCUCUGCCAUGAGGAGGAAUGCCCUGAGGGUAGCAGAAGUCUGGAUGGAUGAAUACAAACACAAUGUCAACUUGGUUUGGAACUUGCCAUUUGAGAAUCAUGGAAUCGACAUCGGGGAUGUUUCAGAGAGGAAAAAACUCAGAGAAAGGUUGAAUUGUAAACCUUUCAAAUGGUACCUGGAGAAUGUUUAUCCCAAGCUGGAUCCCUUGGACAACCUUGUUGCAUUCGGAGGAAUGAAGAACCUUGAUGCUAACAUGUGCUUAGACCAAGGCCCAGUGCCAGGUCACACACCCAUCGCCUACACCUGCUACUACUAUGGACCUCAAAUCACUUAUUAUCGCACAAGCGGUGAGCUCUAUAUUGGCGGCAUCAAGUCCCACAAGUAUAAUCAGAAUCGGUGUAUAGCUGACGUUGGGAACAAGGAAACAGAGCCUGGCCUUUACCCUUGCAAAGAGGCCAUGCAGAAAGGAAUGGGGAUUUACUGGAACUUCACUCAGGGCAAAGAACUGAAGAACAAACAGACAGAAAGAUGUCUGGAGAUUAAAAACGGCAAACUUCUAAUACAGGAAUGCUCUGGCCAAAGAUGGGAAAUCCAGAACAUAAUCAAAGCCUUUUAAAGUGUGUGUGGCCAACAAGAAGUGCACUUCUCUGCUCAAAGAAGCAGCCUCUAUGCUAAGGAAGGCAAACAAAUCAUAAGGUAAUGCAUGAAGUAAUAUUAAUAUGGUAUAGAGGUGUAACAAGUGCAGAGUUCUCUGCAAAACUGGAUAAACAAGCCUCUUUCUAUAAAGACUCCUUUGUGGAUGAAUGGGUUUCCCAACAUUUUAAAUCUACUGUAAAAUCAUUAAAGGUUUGCUCUUGCUGUUACUUUUGUAAUCGUGCAAACUUCUGUAAGAGUCAGCUUGUUAAGAGUUGAAUUAACUUAUUUGUUCAUUAACACCGCCUGUUUAUAUUUGAAAAUGUUCUUUGUCCUUUUGCUAUGAAUUACAACAAGACAUGUAAUGAUUGUUACUCACAAUUUUGUAACAUUGUACUAACUUGAUUUGUGAUUAUACAGCAUUUAUUAAGGCUUUUAUAUAACAAAAAAAAACCAUUAUUAUUAUUUUUAAUGUUGACAAUGUCAUGCAAUUUGUUUGACUGGGCACAGGCCAGGUCCUAGAAAUAAUGGAAAACUGUGAACUGUGUGUAACCUAAUUAUUUUAACUGUGUGAAGGAUCUUGGUGUUUUUUAAAGUCUUACUGAGUUAUAUAAUAACCUUAAGCCUUCAUCUUAAAGUUGGUGGACAUACAGACCAUGGGAGUUGGCUGUGUUUUUAUUUAACCCAUAAGAACUCAGACCCAGUUAUCCUUAAAGGAAAGUUAUGGGGGAUAUACCACCAUUUCUGAUGUGUUUUCAAAAACACUAUCCCUAAAUGUCAAAGAUCUGUGAUGUGACAUAAACAUUACAUUGGCCGCUUAUAGUAUUUAUGUUUAUAAUAUUUCGUAUUUUAAAAUAAAAAUAAAAACUAGACACAAAUUUGCCUUUUUCUCUGCAUCUCCACACCAUCUAUCAAAAUUGUGACAUUAUUAGUUCUGUUUAACAACAAAUUAUUUUUUAGAUUUGUUUUUAAGUAGCAUAAUAAUAAUAAAUCGAUAAUAAAUAAAUACAAAUAACCAUGUGUCUUUUUGUUUAUCAAAAUUGUGACUUUAAUUUGUUCAGGAAAUAUGGUCAAAACAAGUUAAAUGCAAUACAGGACACCCUAGUAACGGAUUAGAAUUGUUAAAUGGGUUUAAACUUAGCCGAGUAACAAAAAAUAGAAGAUUUAACGUGUUUGUUACACGGGUGUCACCAUGGGUUCUUAUGGGUUAAAGCACACGUCAAUGAAGGCCAACAUUUAGUUUUGUUGUGCUAAGACAAAGACCUUUGUUGCACUAUAAUUGUUUGUGAUCAUCGUUGUUUAAUAAUAAUAACCAUUUGUUAAUAACUUGAAAAUAAAGAUGAUUUAUA